AUGAACGGGAACCACGAGAAACUGCCCGAGGAGCACGGCCCGGGACCGUCCAUCCACGCCGCCUUCGUUUUCGAUCACUUCACGACUGGAGUCGAAAUGAUGUGAGUGGUGGGGCACUUGAGGGAAUGCGCGGAACGAACUGCUCAAAUGUGAUUAACAAAAACCAACGAUUGUCAGCUCCGGCUCUCAGCCACCUUAUUUCUCCGAACCAAAAAGAAACCAGUUCUUCUGCUCCCACCCCGUCUCGAUUCUUGUUCUAAAAUGCUGAUGAUGCUACCACAAGUUUGGAGAUUUGCGUGCAGAUUUUGGGGGAGGACGGCGCAGUAGUAGUGAAGAGUAAAGAAAGUAAUAAUAACCAACUUCCUCACCCAAUUCGCACCAAUCCAAUAUGCGGGCCCGUUUUUGCAACGUUUUCUGUUUUCCUUUCUCGUCUUCCCCUUCUUCUUCUUCUUCUUCUCCGUUUUUUGCUCCAUUCGAAAUGACUAAUAGAAGUGGAAAAAGUGUGAAAUGAAUGAGUUCUUCGAGAUCCGAAGGGCUCCGUAUCUCCGUCCAAAUCAGAUCAUAAAGAUACUUCUGGAGGGCCUCCAGGGAGAGAGCAAGCUCUUCGAAACCACACACUCACACACGUCUUCUCGGUUCCAAAAUUUGCGAUGUCGUCGUCGCCGUCGCCGUCGUCAAAGGGCGCCUGCAGAAUGGCCGAUAUAAAUUGAAUCAACGUGCGCUUCAGCGCUCACACUUUUAACUUUGCGAUUUGUUGGCCGAGCCACGGUCCCUUCCGAUUGGUUCUUCGUCUUCAGAAGACUAUUCAAAGAUCUUCAUUGCGUCGCUCCUCCUCCGCCUUCUUCUCAUAAUUAUGCCAAUUUGGUUGCUCCCGAUGCUCCGUUGAAAUCCUAGAAUCGCCGUCAUUUUCAUUCUUUUCAUUUGCUUUCCAAAAAUUCAUAAUGUCUGCAUACCCCAUAGACAGCUGAAAUGAAAAAAAAGAGUCCGUAGAUCUCUUCUCCAAGCAUUUCUUUUAUGAUUCUAUCAAAAGAAGAGACUGAGCCGACCAGAUAUUUGCAGAUACAAAACGAACAGAAGAUGAACAGAUGCUCACAUUUUAUUAGUUUCCAGACCGAAUCAAUAUGUACCACAUGACUUUACUUACACCUGCUUCAGAAACUCUGAAGAAGCCCACUCUAUCCUUUCCAUUCCAGGUCUUCCACCGGUAAAAAUACGGGGGUCUUCUUCUCUUUCUUCCUCCGCUCUCCACGUCUAAAGUUCAUUAAAGUCCAUUCCCAUUUGAAUACCUCCCGUUUUGUGCUCGAGGGAUCCUCUAAACGUCAUCAUUGUGGAUGCAAACUCUUCAUUUAGCCGACCUUUUUGCUCUUCCUCAUCUGCCAUUUGAGUACUAAUCCAUUCAAAAGAGUUCAAUUCUUUCUUAACUCGGCUAGACUUUACCACAAAAAGGAAACGAGAAAACCGGGCGCGGGUAUUCCCACGCCUCGAAAAGAGCACAUUUCUGCUGCAAUUCUUUAUUCUUGCGCCUCCGCACCGCACCACUUGUCAAUUGUCAGAAGUACAAGUGCAACACAGAUGAAACACCACUCGGCUCCCAUUUCAUUCUCGCUUCUUUGCAGGCGCUGUUCGAUGCCCUCGCUGUCGAAGAUGCCGUCGGCCGCCCGUCAACUCGUCUCCAACAUGCUCUCCUUCCUCUCUUCGCCGUCGCCACAGUCCAGGUCAGUCAUACUCCCAUCAGCCGCCUUCCGAUGCAGUCACUGA